AUGGAUCCUAUACUGAACGGGUCAUAUGUACAUUACGGUAUGGGGCUGCCCACAACGGCAUACGCGACGGGCACACUCUCAUCACACGCUUAUAAUAGUAAUUCGUCCGAUCACUCGGCCGAUCCUUCAUCGUCGAGUUCACCGGGCGCUGCGCCAAAUAUGAACCUUCUGCUGACCAUACGACUGCUCAUGCAGGGAAAGGAAGUUGGAAGCAUUAUUGGUAAGCGUGGUGAUCAAAUUAAACGAAUUCGAGAAGAAUCCGGUGCAAAGAUCAAUAUUUCGGAUGGUUCGUGUCCUGAACGGAUAGUGACUAUUACCGGCAGUUUGGCUACAAUCAAUAAAGCGUUUGCGAUGAUCUCAAAUAAAUUUGAAGAGGUCAGUUUUUCACCAUUGUUGAGAGUCGGCUUCAGUAGUGUCUUCAGAUCCAUUCAAUGUUUCUUUCCAUUCCAGGACAUGCGUGCGCUACCGAAUUCGGUACCGAAACCACCGAUUACGAUGCGAUUGAUAGUGCCAGCAACACAAUGCGGCUCAUUGAUAGGCAAGAGUGGCUCAAAAAUCAAGGAAAUUCGUGAGGCGACUGGUGCUUCAAUUCAAGUUGCAUCGGAAAUGUUACCACAAUCCACGGAACGUGCUGUUACCGUAUCCGGCGCUGCUGACGCCAUUACUUUAUGUAUGGGACAAGUUUGUCAAAUACUACUAGAGGCUCCUCCGAAAGGUGCUACAUUACCGUAUCGACCGAAGCCGACGUUCAAUUCGUUGUUGGUGGCCAGCUCAGCAGCAGCGGCUGCAGCUGCUCAACAACAGCAGUUAGCAGCACUUCUGCAACCAGGACUGCUUCAGCAAGCUCAGCUUGCUCAAAUUCUGUCUUCAGAGCUGGCGCGUGGUGUACCAGCGUCGGCGCAGUAUGGGCCAGCCUCCGCCUUUCUUCCCGCUCCUACCCUCAAUCCCCAAGUGUUCGGUGGUGGCCUGAUUCUCGCAGGUGCCGGAUACCCUACUCAGCAAGGAACGGCCACUGUUGGCGGAAUCCAAGAUCCUACCAAAGCGAUGGCUGGGCUUUGGGGCGAAGAUCGACAGCUAGAACUGAUCAAUCAUUAUGCAGCAUUGAACAGCAGUGUUUUGAUGGGUGCACCGCUGCUGAAAAGUGCCAACUCGUCAACUAGUUCCGCUCACAAGGCAAGUGGCGCACGAUUCACACCAUACUAA